ACCCCGCAGGUGUGUAUAUUCAGUGUGGCCGACCUUCCCCUCCUGAUGGGUCGCCAUGAACUCUUCGCCAACAAGUUCUACGUCACACAUGAACCCGCAGCUCUUCACUGUCUCGACGAGCAUAUUUACAAUCUCACCCUCUCGGGGGAGCCCAGGGAUAGCUCGCUCUAUCAGAACUAUAUGACGGGGAACAAAUAG